AUGGGGAUCGACAUCCAGAGACCCAGCGCCGUGGUCACGGCUGUGCUGCCCUCUCUCAGGGCAGAGCCUGGCAUGGAGCUGGUGCCCAGGAUGUAUUUCAUUGCCCUAAACCCUUGUGUCAGACAGCCCGCGGUGGUGGUGUCGGGAUUCAGGGAGGGACCGUGGCAAGGUCAGGGUUGCGCCCCUGCCCUGCCCUCCGGGCGCACUCUCGGCCCCCGGCCCCUCCUCGGGGACUCGCAGUCUGGGGGUGUUUUAACCGAGCACCGUGCCCUCUCUUUGCUGUUGGCUGCAGAUGACAUCCGGCUGUUUGCCUUCGUGCGCUUCACCACCGGGGACGCCAUGAGCAAGAGGUCCAAGUUUGCCCUCAUCACGUGGAUCGGCGAGAACGUCAGCGGGCUGCAGCGAGCCAAAACCGGCACCGACAAGACGCUGGUGAAAGAGGUGGUGCAGAAUUUCGCUAAAGAGUUUGUGAUCAGCGAUCGGAAGGAGCUGGAGGAAGAUUUCAUCAAGAGCGAGCUGAAGAAGGCCGGGGGAGCCAACUACGACGCCCAGACGGAGUAACCCCAGCCCCACCCCCGCCCCUUGCUGAAGUCAUCUGCCUGCUCCCCUGGGGAGGGGACCGCGGCCUCUGCUCCCAGCCCGCCAGCCCGCCAGGGAGAGGAGACGCAAUGAGAGGCAGCGCCCGCCACCCUGCCCGCACCCGGUCCCCUUCCCUGCUUCCCUCCCUGGCCCUGUCACCACGUCCUGUCUCACGACGCUCAUGGAACAUCUUUCUUUCAUCCUUUUUUUCUUUCUUCCCCCUCUUUCUCGUUCUCAAGAAAAAUCAUUUUGAUGCCAAGGGCACGCGCCUCAUCAGAUCUGAGGCUCCUCCCGUGGUGACCCCUUUCCCUGGCAUUUCUCUGACACGUACCUAGCCCAUCGUGGCCUCAUGCUGCUUCUGGAACCUGGACCAGUGCUGCCAUCUUGGUUUUCCAUGGCGUGCCCGCCUGCUGACCGCGGAGGGGGCAGCUGCCCAGGGGCUGCGCCCGUCGCCUUCAUGAGCACACACGUUCAUCCCGUUCCUCGGGCUCAGACCUCCCAGAAUGUGCCCCCUCGCCCCUCGCCCCACCCCAUUCAGAGUUGCCUAAGCUACGUGGCCAACAGAGACGGUGCUCGGUGGGGAGACCGUCGGCCUGACUCAGACCCAGAGAGGAGAGAAAAUUCGCCUUAACAAUUGCCUGGCAGUGGCUUUGCCACCUGGUCUGAAACGGCUCGUUCGUUCCCACCCUCGUCAUGGAAAUCUCACUGUGGCCCGGAGUGGGACAAAGGUCUGAGUCCAGAUUGGACGAGAGACUCUUUCAGGGUUAACUUCAGGGGCUCCCCAAGCGACAAGGACGCGAGGGAGAGAGGCAAGGGGUGCAGGAUGGGAUUUAGGGAGAACUGGGAGCAGAUUCCUCACUUUGAGGACGGUCCUCUGCCGCCAGCGAGGACCCUGGCCGUGUGCGGAGCGGCAGCCGUGCCCUCCUGGGACCAGAGCAUCUGCGGGUCUCAUCCCUAGGUCUGCACCACGCAUUCAAAAGGAUUUUUUUUUUUCUCAAAGAAAGAUGAGAUUGGCUUGGUUCUUCAUGAGCACAUUUUAUAUUGUUUUGUUCUUUUUUUCCUGGCUCAUUUCAUUUGGGGGGAGGAGGUCUGUGCUGUAUUGGGGUUGCAACGAACAUCUGCACUCAAACAGUUUACAGAAAUAAAUGUUGUUUUGUUUUUCAAAAAA